AUGAAAAAUAUGACGCAAUUGACGCUUUCUUUAAUCGUUGACCAAGCACAUAAAUCAAACGCACAGUACUACAAGAAAAUAUUUGAACCGGAAGACUGGAACAAACUUACGAAGGAGAAAAUAGAAAUCGAAGAACUGUGCGACGAUUUUAAAAAUGUUGUGAACGAAGUCAUCCAGAACAUGCUAUUGCAAACGGAUAUCGACAAUGAAAUUUUACAAGGCAUUGAUAUUUUGGAUUAUUUGGAGCUCGCAUCAGCCAAAACCAAAAAAGUAAAAUUACACAAUGAACGGUUGUAUGGUCCUGGUGGCAGUUUCACCACUACCCAUAAUGUUAUAGGACGAAAGAUCGAUGCGAUUGUUACCACUGGAGACACUGAAAUCGCAUGCUGUGUAUGGAAGGCACCUGGUAUUACGACUUCUGUAGCCUAUGAACAACAAACCAAAAACAUGAGAAGCAAUGCCUAUCUUUGCCGUAACUUGAACUCCCUGCCAUUUGCCAAGGACUGCUCCCCACACGUGCUCUACAUGGAUUGGAUUAGUAGGUUCACAAUACUCUAA